AUGUCAGGAUUGCUCUGGCAGCCGCUGAGGACGACUUCUGAAAUAUGUCGUAAAGGACAGCCAUGUCUAUGGCUUCAUACUAGCAACAUCUUGUCCAAAGACCAGCCAAAACGGAGUGCUUCUAGACGAAAGCUGGCCUCAGAUUUAAAGCCUAGCUCUGGAAAUGGUCGCUUGGAGGUAGCAGCAAAGCAAUAUACACACCAGGAUACGAAGCCGAGCUCUAGAAAUAGUCGUUCAAGCGAUGCACCCAGAAAACCCCGCCUGAAUCAGAAGCCGAGUUCUGGGGAUGGUCGGUCAGAGGCUGCACCCCCCAGGAGCUCCUUUCGCCCACCUUCCUUUCCUAAACCCGCCAUUGAGCGCGAUCCGGUGCCGCACACCAACAGCCAACCUUGGGAGCCUCCAGUCGAUAGGAACCCUUCGUUUAGGAGACGGUCUGCGUACAGGAGUGAGCAGGAUUGGAAGCGUAGGACUGGUAGCUGGAGUCUCCAGCAAGACUCUACAGGAGGGCAGAGCGACGCGCAAGCACAGCGGUAUCCGUCACGAGGGAACUCAAGGCGAGAGUCUGAGAACUACGUUGACCGGUCUAGGUCACCCUACGAAAGCUCACAACCUAGGAACGAGCAGGAUUGGAAGCGUCGGACUGGUCGCUGGAGUCUCCGGCAAGACUCUCCAGGAGGGCAGACCGGCGCGCAAGACCGGCGUUAUCCGUCACGAGGGGACUCACGGCGGGAGUCUGAGAACUACGAUGACCGGUCUAGGUCAUCCUACGAAAGCUCACAACUAGAGCCAAGGCGUAGCGGUAGGCCUACGGCGCCACGUCGAGUGUUCUCUGAAGAGGAAGAGGCAGAGAGACCUUCAGAGUUCUACGAUCCACCACAGCCCGUUUCCCUUGCUCCCACAGCGGGCAACGACGCUUCUUCAAAACUCACCACAGACUCCCCAGCUCCCACAGAGUUCGCCUCACCUCCCAUCCUCCCCGGGCUCUUAUCUUCCCUGAAGGAGGUGCUCGGGCCCAAUGCGAAGCCCACGCCCAUCCAAUCGCUCAGUCUCAAGUGGUUGCUCAACCAGAGCCCAGGAUGGAAACAAUUCCUCCUCGCCUCCGAAACAGGCUCCGGAAAAUCCAUCGCGUACCUUGUCCCUCUCUUACAAAACCUAAAGCAAGCCGAGCUCGAUACAGCGGCAGCGGAAGUACCCCACGUGCAACAAGCCCGGGCCUAUAACCCACGGGCGUUAAUCUUGGCUCCUACACACGAGCUCUCGCGCCAGCUGUCAGGGUUCGCUAAAUCCCUGCUACACAACGUCAAACUCCGCGUAAUGUGUGCGUCCAAAGCGAAUGUCAAGAGCACGAAAGAGCGAGAUGAGACUGCGAGUAAGAUGGCGGCGCAGUUUGAUAUGAUGGUUGGGGAGGGUGAGUUUGAGGUCAGGAAGGACAAGUUCCCUGUGGAUGUGGUGGUGGGGACGCCGAUGAAGUUGAUGGAGAUGGUUCGUGGUCGGGGCUGGGAUCGGAAGGAGGGCGAGGAGGAAGAGAAUGAGGAGGAAGGAGGAAGGACGCCGAGGAGGGGGAGAGAUAAGAUGGUUGGGUUUGGCAAGUGGAGGAGUAAACCUGAGAUGGGUCUGGCGAAUGUGGAGUGGGUUAUCGUUGAUGAAGCUGAUGUUCUCUUCGAUCCCGAUUUCCAAGAAACGACCAGAACACUCCUGUCGGACAUCAGUCUUGCUCGUGGGCAUCCUGUCCCCGUCACACCUGCCCUACCAACUACGCCUAUUUCCUACCCAUUCAAUCUCCUCCUAACAAGCGCUACCAUCCCCACCGCCCUCGCGUCGUACCUCGAAAAUUGCCAUCCAUCGCUUAUCAGACUCGCCUCGCCACGGCUGCACCACCUUCCCCAAACCUUGCGGCCUGAAUAUGUUUCCUGGACCGGGGGGAACAAAUUUGCAGACAUUGAGCGGCGGAUACGCAGAGUCUGGGCUGAGGACUCGUCGACGUUCCAUCGACAAGCCGGGCAGCUGUCCAAGGUGCUCGUGUUUUGCAACAAGAGCACUAAAGUCGUGGAGUUGAGCUCGCACCUCAACGAACGGGAGAUCAAGAAUGUAGCUUUGACGAGUAAUAGCGAAACGAGGAAGAGAGGGUCGAACCACCACCUUGACGGGUUCUUACGGCCACUGCAAACGAAAUCUGCAACUUCACAACAGUCGUUUACUCCGUUGAAUGAUCCUAAAACGACACCACUUGUGUUGAUCACUACCUCGCUUCUCUCCAGAGGUCUGGACUUUGACCCGUCGAUUAAGCAUGUGUUCAUCGUUGAUGAGCCGCGGAAUAUGAUUGACUUUUUGCAUCGGGCUGGUAGGUCGGGUCGGGCGGGUGAGCAUGGGAAGGUGGUGGUGUUUGGGAAGAUGAAGGGGCGGGGUAGCGCGAAAGGGAAAGAUGUUAGAAAUCGUGUGAGGGAUUUGCUGUGA